CAUGUGUGUUGUCAAAAGGCAGAAAUAUGUCCGUUUGCAAAGUCUCGUUUUCUUGUUCUUUCUUCGCUUUGGCUUUCCUUACUUCCACGCUCUUCUUCUUCUUCCCGGCACUAGCCUUCGCGGAGGCGCAGAUAUUUCCACCUCCCGAUUCCCGGACGACGUCUCUCCGUCGCUAGUGCCGAGAGCUCUUGAGUCUCGGGUCGGUGGCAGUUCCGCGGAGAAAUGGAGAGGAGGGCGGGGUUCCUCUCGUCCCUCAAGAACGAGGUGGCGCGGAGCCUGUCGCCGGCGAGGUCGCGGCCGAGGGCCAAGAGCCUGUCGCCGCCGCCGAGGGCCGGGAGCGAGUCGCCCGGGUCGCGCUCCCACCGGGGCAGGAGGAGGGGCCGCCGCGUGAAGCGCCCCGAGCCGUCGGUUGCGUGGCGCGCGGAGGCCCUGUCGCCGUUGGAGGAAGGGCCCGACCCGGACGGGGCGGAAGGUGUAGAUUCGAGGAUGGAUGGGAGGUGGGGCCAGUGGAUGAAGUGUCAACGUCAGCACUCCAUGUCUUCGUCGUCGUCCUCGUCUUCUUCGGGCGGGCGUGAUAAGGGGUCGCAUCUGAGGUUGUUGCUGGGGGUGCUGGGUGCCCCGCUCGCGCCGGUGCACGUGAAUGCCGGCGAACCUUUGCCUCACCUAAGCCUCAAGGACACCCCCAUUGUUAGUCCUUCUCUUUCUCUCGUCAUGGAAACUUCAUCCGCUCACUACAUACUGCAGCAGUAUGCGGCAGCAUCAGGGGCACAGAAGCUUCACACUGCCAUUUAUAAUGCUUAUGCCAUGGGGAAAUUGAGGAUGAUAGCUUCCGAGUUUGAAACGGUGAACAAGGCUGCGAGGAGCAAGAAUUCCUGCAAAGCCGCGGAGUCGGGUCGGUUUGUACUUUGGCAAAUGAACCCGGACAUGUGGUAUGUGGAGCUUGCUCUUGGUGGUAGCAAAGUUCAUGCCGGCUGCAAUGGGAAGCUUGUGUGGAGGCACACCCCUUGGCUCGGUCCACAUGCUGCAAAAGGGCCUGUUAGACCCUUACGACGAGCACUUCAGGGCCUCGACCCAAAAACCACAGCAAGCAUGUUUGCACACGCAAGAUGUGUAGGGGAGAAGAAAAUUAACGGAGAAGAUUGUUUUGUCCUCAAGCUUUGUGCAGAUCCAACUACUCUAAAAGCCAGGUGUGAAGGGCCAACCGAGAUUAUACGGCACGUUCUCUUUGGCUAUUUCAGCCAGAAAACCGGGCUCCUUGUUCACUUGGAAGACUCGCACUUAACCCGCAUACAAAACAACGGAGGCAAUGCAGUGUAUUGGGAGACCACAAUCAACUCGUUUCUUGAUGACUACAGGCCUGUCGAGGGGAUCAUGAUCGCACAUUCUGGGCGUUCGGUGGCAACACUUUUCAGGUUUGGAGAAACAGCGAGGAGCCAAACUAAGACUCGGAUGGAGGAAGCUUGGACGAUUGAGGAGGUGGCUUUCAACGUUCCAGGCCUGUCUGUUGACUGCUUCAUCCCCCCUGCCGAGCUGAGAUUCGCUUCUCUUGACAAAUCGUGCGAAUUACCUCGUGUUCCUUGGGUGAGGAAUGUCGUGCCUGCUGCUCGUGCCAGGGUUGCCAGCCGAGAGAAAUCCAGUGAGCUAUGAGGGUAACGUACAUCGCUUUGUAGGAAGGGAAGUAAUAGAUGGCGGCGCUCAGUGCUGAUUAUAGUCAUGUACGAUAGAUUCUGGUAAUUGCUGACAAACUUAGAAGGUGAGGCAUGGAUGUAUUUUGGGAGUUUGGCCAUUAUUAUGUACUCCAGUUUCCUUCUAACUGUAAAUAGAAGGGUAGUUCAUAGCUUUUCGGGAAGACCCAAGGCUUGUUAAACUGGAAAAUUUUCCUAGAUUACUGUAGUAAACAAGUUGCUGGCUUUGAUGUCA